AUGGCUGAACCACGGCGGGAGAGUACCAGCAGCCUGCAGAGGAAGAAACCUCCCUGGCUCCGACUGGACAUUCCUACAGCUCAGAUGUCACUGGAUGAGCCCCCCACGUUUGUCCAGGUUUCUUUCUUUCUUUUUAUUUUUUUAAGUCCCGAUACAUAUUACCAUUCUUAAUUUUUGUCACUUUUCUCAUGUUUGCAUGCACCUCAUGUUUUUCUUCUGCAUCAUUUCUAGCCGGUGAAGAGGCAGGGGUUCCUGCGCAGCAUCAGCAUGCCAGUGGAGACCUCUCACCUCCAGUCUCCACCCCGUGAAUUCUUUGACACCCGGCGGCCCGUCUUACAACGCCAGUCCUCCAUCACUCAAACCAUAAAAAGGUAAGAGCUUAUAAACGUACAAAUGAGUUCUUUAUGAAGUGCAUGAAUAUCUUGAUACCAGGGGGGUUGCACAGUCUUGGAAAUUGAAUUAUGAACAACCAUUUUUCAGAAAAAAAAAAAAAACCUGCAUAUACCCUCUAUGUGUUUGCUACGAAAGAGGAUUAGAGGCACAUGAAGAGAAAAACAAAUUACAGGAAGGAGAUUAAACUGAAAAUUGCGAGAUUAAAGUUGAAAUUUUGAUCCUAAAAAAUUGAAUAAUGUCAAUAAAGUUGAAAUUUCAAGAUUAAAAAAAAAAACAUUUUGACACUGAUAUUAAAAAGAUUAAAAUUUUGUCAUUAAAGUCGAAAUUUCGAGAUUAAAGUCAACAUGAAUAAAGUCAAAUUUUCGACUUUUGUGAGUUUUGACUUAAAUCUCGAAAUUUUGACUUUUAUUAAUUAUUUAAUUAAUUUAAUUUAUUUUAUUAUUUUGACUAAAAUUAAAAAACUCUCACUCCUGUAAUUAUUUUUUUCUCUUCUUGUGGCCUGAAUCCUCUUUUGUAAGUUUGCAGAUUGGAAUUGGUGUUUCUUUUGUACUUCUGAGGUAAAUUGAGGAUGUAGGCAGCCUGUGUCCCCCUUCCUUCUUACCGUUUUCUGUAACUGCAUGGCUAUUUCUGAUCAAAAAUCUUGACUUCAGUGGAAUAAUUCUCCUAACAUUGUAAAUCUGAAACAACUUAACCUAACCAUCUGCCUCGCUCUUUCUGCAUGAUAUCUACAGCACUGUCCAGCUUCUCUUCCUUCUCACUGCCUCUUGUUAUCUCUUCUCUUUUCUUCUCCCUCCUUCUACUCCCUCUCGCCACUUUCCCUCCUUCCCGCCUGCCCCGUCCUGUUCUGCCUGGUCACAGCAGCAGAAGGGUGCACUUUGAGCGGAUUAACACAGUGCCCAUUAAGGGGCAGCGAGCUGCUCGCCGCAGCACCAGGAAACACCACUCGCUCUCCAGAACUCUGCUCAGGUACGACUGGAUGCACCAUGUUAACAGUCACAUGCCCAUGCUUCCUCACAAUCCAGGUCUCUAUUGACUAAUACACAUUGUUACAUUUGAGACCCAAACCACAUGAUUCAAGAGAAUUCAAGAGUUCCUCAGUAGGUCAGCAGCUGUGAGUCAUGUCAUGGAUGCAAACAUUUCUUUCACAAUGAGUCAUGAGUGAUCCUGAAACCAAACGACUGUUGUUUUCCUGUAACAAAGUCCCCUCCUUUUAGGGUUACAGUAAUCACCCAGCUGGCUAAAAGAGAAGUCACACAUCCCCCUCACAUCUGUCAAAGAGCAAACACGACAAGACGCUGUUCAGUCAUGUCACUAACAUGUAUUUUGAGAGGAGAUUUUCAUGCCGGUGUGACUUGAUCUAGUGAGAAAAAGCAGAGUUUGAAUGAACAUUCAGUCUGCACCUGGUAAUUAGAGGAGAAACAGCCUGAAUUCUCCUUUGAAGAAUGUUUCCACUUCGACUUCCUGCCCUUGGGGCGCAGUAACAUUGUUUGCUCUGGUACUUAUUAGGCUUUAACUUCAACAGCGGGAUUGCAUAAAUGUUCAUCACGGUUGGGUGAGAUUGGAUAAGCAGAGUUGAAAAAUGUGCCUCCUCGCCUUUUUUGAUUGGAUUUGCUGUCUGUUUGUGUCAGUUUAGAUAAGUACGACCUGAAAAUUGGAUUUAGUUUGCAACACCAGAACUUAAAUAGUUCCUCUUUUGCUUGACUUGAAUUUGAAUGUGUGGAUUUAGGGCGAGUUUUUGACUCUCCACAAAGUAUGCCAUUUGCAUUAGAGUGACCUUUUUGUUGUUGUUGUUGUUGUUUUUUUAAACAUCAUAAUUGGCUUGAUUUUUAAACCCCUAGAGGUCGUCACGUAGCAAUGUUGUCGAGUCCAUGUUUUUUUCUCUCAGAAUUUGUCUAAUUUACAGGUGCUGCAGUGCUGAAAGGUAUUUAUGUUAUCAACAGAUUAAAUAGACCUAUUUUAAAUGUUGAAUAAAUUGAUAAUUAGUUACAUCUCAUUUGUUAACACGCAUAUCCAGGCACACAGAUAUAUAGAUAAGCAGCAAAACAUGGAAUAAAUCAAGCAACCUAACACAAAAGCAGCCCUGUCUACAUAUACAAAAACACUGCCACCAGUGUGUUUUUAAAUAUAAGAUGUGAUUAUUUAUCAUGGAGAGGCGUACCAGCUGAAAUAAGGUAAAAGGUUCAUAGAUAGGCUGUUUACCCUCUACAUUUAUUAUAAGUAUAAAUGUAGAAAUACGUAAAGGCAAAAUCAGGCUGUUUCUGCUGAAAUUACUGAAUUAAACUUAGAAUAAGCAAAUGAAAAAAAUUAAGGAAUAGAUUAAAUAACUGCGCAGGGGAAACUGAUUUUACUCUAUUACAUUUAUUGUGUUAUUUUGUAACUAAUGCAAAACAUUGGACUGUGACAGAAGUCCUGUGGUGCUGUAAAUGGUAGGGCAGAGAUUUUUAGAGCUUGUUUUGAAUUUUGGCAUUGGGCUUGUUUGGUCACUCAGGCCUGGUAACCCUGUCACUCAGUUUCUUUGACAAUAGUUAUAUACCUUCAAAGAAAUUAAAUAAAGAAACAGUUGGCCUUUUCACCUGUGGUUUGGUUUAAAUUUGCAGGUCAUUUAGUGACAUUAUUGUGCAAAAAAAUCCUCACAGCGGCCUAUAAAAAUACACACUCAGACUUUAAUUUACUUCACUGGUCAAUAAUGUCAAAAGAAAAUGCUCACAGUUUUUCUGAAGUAUUUUAUGAUUUAAAUUUUUGGAGGCUUUACACAAGAUAAAUCUUUUUUUUAUUAUUUUUUUCAUUUUACUUUUUUUAUUAAUUGAUUUGCACAAUUAUACAGGCAGCAAAAACAGCAUAAAAACAACAAACCAGAUGUGCAGGCAGGAGAUUAAAGAAACCUGGAGGGGUUUAUAAAGGAAAUCAAGGUAUAAAAGACCACAACGAUAGAUAAAUCACAAGUAUAUAUUAAAUUUUGAAAUUAUUUUUGGAACUUGAAGAUUUACUGUAAGGGAUGAAAUUCUAAGCAGGUAGGCUAUAUCUGUUUCACAACCAAUCAUUGUUAAAUUCAUCUGGAUUACAAAAUGCCAGAAUAGCUGCUUAAAUAAAAGGUCUACUUGGAGUGAAAAGAGUCAAGUUAAUGAUGUGGUUCACUAAAAGGAGCUUGAACUCUCACAUUACCUAUUACCUGUCUUUUCUAUGUGCUCAUAAACAUGUCCAGGCUUGUCCCCUCUACUGCCUUCAUAUCUCAUACUAUCUAGAGCACUUUUUUACAACCCUGGCAGUGUGGUCUCAUCUGUCCCAUGCCUUUUUGAAAAGUUCAAACAGAUAGCAUUCAACUUCUCUGUGAGAAAGGAAGCACGUGUGUUAGUUUUGUGACCCACAUCUAAGAGGUUCAUGUUUGUGGUGUUAGGGGAACAGCGGAUUGGUUUGGGGUCAGCAAGGACGGUGAUGCCACCCAGAAAUGGCAGAGGAAGAGCCUUCGCCACUGCAGCAUGCGUUAUGGGAAGCUGAAACCACAAGUGAUUCGAGAGAUGGAUCUACCCAGCCAGGACAACAUCUCCUUAACCAGCACGGAGACCCCGCCUCCUCUCUAUGUCCCCUCCUCACAGCAUGGCAUGCAAAAGGUACAGAAAUAUAUUCUUUGUUCUCUGUAGAGUCUUUAUUUGUUUUAUGCAAAAGGCAUGCAGAUGGUAGACAAUAGGGGUGGGAAUCACCGGUGGACCAACGAUACAAUAUGAUAUUAUCACGAUAUUUGGUCCACGAUACGAUAUUAUUGCGAUUUUUAACAUUUUGCUAAACAGUGAGUAUUGCGAUACAAUACAUUGUGAUUUAUACAAUUUUUUCAACUGCUCUAUGAUGUCACCUCUACCAACCUCACUGGACAAACAGUUGAUUUUAUUUUUACAUCAUCAUAGAUUUGACUUCAUAUUAACAAUUCAUUUGAAUAAAUCAAUACUUGGUUAAUGAGACGAGACAAUAUAUUACCAGACAAAAUAUUGUGAUACUAUGCUGUAUUGAUCUUUCCUCCCACCCGUAGUAGACAAUUUCUUUGAAAUCAGAAUGAAUAGUCAGAUUUUUUUUUUAACAGAAACAAAUUUAUUUAAAGCUCUUAUGUGUUAAUUUUCCACAGGCACCCCUGUGCAUAACAUGGUGUCUCUCUCUCUCUCUCUCCCUUUGCAAAUUUUGUCCUGUAGCUGAGGCUUUUAAAUAAAAAGUCCCUCUUGCUUUGUUUGGACAGUCAACUUUAACAUGAAUGAGGAAUCUUUGCUAAAUGAUUUAAAAAAAAGUCUGUCUCUGUCAUACGCAGUUAAGCACUUAAAAUGACACAUGCCCCCAGUCAGUAGACCCAAACUCUAACUUUUAAGAGAUGCAUUCUGAAUUUCCAAGGGGACAUUUUCAUCUCCAUUUGCUGAACUCUUUUCUCAAGAUUGUGGACCCAUUGGCGCGAGGGCGAGCCUUUCGUAUGGUGGAGGAGGUGGACGGCUACAGCGUGCCUCAGACCCCCAUCACCCCUGGUGCUGCUUCGCUUUGCUCUUUUACCAGCUCCCGCUCAGGUCUCAAUCGACUGCCUCGUCGACGUAAGAGGGAAUCCGUGGCAAAGAUGAGUUUUAGGGCUGCUGCAGCACUAGUUAAGGUUUGUGGAAGGAACUAAAUAGAUAGAAGUAUGUUUGUAUGUUUCUUGCAAAAAUGAAAAGGAAGAAAAUAGCAGUGCAAGAACACGUCAGACAAAUGUCCUACUUUACAGUGAAGCCUCCGGUAAAGCAAAGAUUAAAGCCAUAAGUACACUGAAGUUUACAUCAGGGUGUGUUUGUGUGCAAAUCUCAGGGGCGCUCAUUACGGGAGAGCACUCUUAGACGGGCCCAAAGACGGAGCUUCACCCCAGCCAGCUUCAUGGAGGAGGACAUGGUCGACUUCCCUGAUGAGCUGGACACGUCUUUUUUUGCCAGAGUAAGAAACAGAAGUCAUAUUUGAAUUUACUAUGUAAACGUGUGUGUUUACUGUGGAUGAAUAAUUCUGAUUAUUUUUCAUUGAACUGAUGAGAAUAUGAUUCUUCUUUUAAGGAUAUUCUGAUGCAGGAGGAGCUGUCCACAUACACCGAUGAGGUGUUUGAGUCUCCGUCUGAGGCGGCUAUGAAAGCAGCAGAGCCCAGCAGCAAAAAAGAUGAGACAGAGCUGACAGGCAGUGCCCUAGAUAAGACGGAGCUGGAGAAGAGUCAUCUCAUGCUGUGAGUUUCUGUACCGGUCUUUCAGGCUUUGCUGACACCACACUUUUCAAACUAAAUUUAAUUAAAUCCAUGUUCCUGAAAAAAUAUGUCAGUUUUUUCACCUUUUUCAGUAGCUUAUCUAUGGAUAUUGUGGAUAUUACUGAUUUGGUUGGUGUUUUAGCUAUAUGAAACCCCAAACCUCAAAGCAAUCAUGGAUAUAAAUAAGGGUUAAUGUAUAAAAAGCAGGUUAGAAAACCUGAAGGGUUAGCAGGACCAAUGGGAAACAGAAUAUUGAUUUAAAAAUGAUUUAUGUAGAACGUCCAUAAAUUCCACAGUUAAUGGUUCCUUAGCAACAGAUUCUUCUCCUUUCCUUGUCGGAAAAAUGAAUUUGAAGCUGAACAUUUCAGUUUAAGUCGAGUAAAAACUUUCAGCCUGUUUGUUGCAGCUCACAUAAAAGUGACACAAGGUGAAGAGGACUUGAGCAGAAAUUUUCAAGUGUGUCUCUCUGUCCUCUCACACACCUUUAGAAAUAUAUCAAGCACAAAUUUGGACACUGUUGUAAUUAUCACAACCAUUCUUAAAGUUACUUUGAAGCAUUUAGCAUCUAAGAGAUGCACUCACCAGCUCUGCUGCUGUUGCACUGAUUGCAGGACAGGAUCCAAUAUUUGAGCAUCCUCAGUGUUGUUUAGCCCAUACCAGGAAAAAACAGUGUUUUUGUCACUGUGUCAACAUGUAGAAGUGAAAUGAGCCUGUCCCCUUCCACCUUGUGUCAUGUUGUUUCUGUCACUUUUCCUACUGAGAAUAAAUCACUGUAGUGGUGUGUUUUUUUUUUUUUUUCACCAAUCAGAAUGAAGUAUCUAACCAGUCAGAUAAAAAAAGAGAUCUAGGGCUGCUAUACUCCUUUACCUCUCCCUUUUCUCUACUCUGUAAUCUCCUUCAGACCUCUGGAACGAGGGUGGCGAAAAGCCAAAGAAGGAACUCCGGGACCACCAAAGGUGCCCUUACGUCAGGAGGUGGUGAGUGUAACCGGGCAGCGGCGUGGUCAGCGCAUAGUUGUACCUGUCAAGAAGCUGUUUGCCCGAGAAAAAAGGCCUUACGGAUUGGGCAUGGUUGGGAAGCUCACAAACCGCACCUACCGCAAGCGCAUUGACAGCUAUGUCAAGAGGCAGAUAGAGGACAUGGAUGACCACAGGUACUGCUUCACUUCACGUGUGGUACUAAUGAGUGUCCCUGAGUGGAGGAUACAUGUUCACUGCUGUUCUUUAUAACAUCUAUUCUGUCUCCUCUAGGCCUUUUUUUACAUACUGGAUCACAUUUGUCCAUUUGCUCAUCACCAUACUGGCUGUAUGCAUCUAUGGUAUUGCACCAGUGGGCUUUUCCCAGCAUGAGACGGUUGAUUCUGUGAGUACCAGCUGAGCUGUGAUGAACAAACCCUGAUGAUAUCUUUGUCUAUUUCACUCUGCUUCAUUUGGACUGCUCUCUUUUUGACUUGAUCCAGGUUUUAAGAAACAAAGGUGUGUAUGAAAACGUCAAGUUUGUACAACAGGAGAACUUUUGGAUCGGGCCGGGUUCGGUGAGCACUCUCUUUCCUCUUUAUUGAGAUAUUACACGUUAAAAAAAGUGUAAAGCUGGCCUAAUUUUCUGUAUUUGUAUUUGCAAAGGAAUCUCUGAUCCACUUGGGGGCCAAAUACUCUCCAUGCAUGCGGCAGGACAAGCAGGUGCACGAUCUUAUCAGGGAAAAGAGAGCUGUUGAGCGCAACUCUGCCUGCUGUGUGAGGAACGAUCGCUCCGGCUGUGUCCAAACCUCAGAGGAAGAAUGCUCGGUCUGUAAACAGCCCCCGUCCUUAUUUUUGUUCCAUCAUCAUCAUCAUCAUCAUCACAUGUUCACAGACAAAUAAAGGUGGUGAACAUUUCUGACCUCUUUGAAUUGUGUUGUUUUUUUUUGUAGAGUACUCUGGCUGUGUGGGUUAAGUGGCCGAAGCAUUCCAGCACUCCCAAGUUAAAUGGUGAAGACAGACAGUACGGCUCUGUGUGUCACCAGGAUCCAAGGUUAGAGACCUCUGGACUUCUUGUACUGCAGAGUAUUACUUUUAAAUGAACUGAUACUGGUUAUUAGAUGUGAUUUUUUAACAGCCAAUCUUGUUUGUCCUGCAUCAGGAUAUGUUUAGAGCCGGCCUCAGUAUCACCUCAUGACUGGCCUGAUGACAUCACCAAGUGGCCGGUGAGUACUGACCACUUCUGCCUGAUAUGAACACAUCAAACAUAAAGAAGGUACUUUGAGAGUAAAGUAUACAAAUCAGGUUAUCUCAUAAGCUGUAUAUACUAUGGACAACUUAGAUCCACCUUCCAUCAUUAAAAGAAUUUGAUGCCAAAAAGCUCUCAGUAUUUCCAGGAUUUUCUCCACUUACUGGAAUCACCACUUAUACACAUUUACGGGUGAGUUGCUGAGAGUCGUUGUGAUGAUGCUCGGCUCAAACAGUGUAUCCCCCGGGUAAGCUACGCAAUCUUCAUACGCCCAUAGGCUGUAUCAAAUGUCAAUCAUAGAAAAUAUGAACCCCCUAAUAACUUUUAAAAAUGGAGCUGCACUUAAAAAAGAGGACUUGAGGACAAACCAGUCUUACAGUAACUACAUGUUAACAAUUCAACCAGGGGGGAGACAAAUGUAUAUUCUGAGUAAUCAAAGUCUAAAGUUUAUCCACAGCUCCAUAAGGAUUACUGGAGAAGGCAGGAUUAUGACCUAUACCGCAGCUUGUCACCAGAGGGUGCUGUUCUCACGGUGGCUUUACCCAGCAAGGAGGCAGAUGAUGUCCAUUCUAUGUACAGUAUAUGAAUUAUCUGAAAGCUAGUUGCGUAUUGAUUUUCUCAAUUUAAGACAACAGAAUGCAUCCAUGUAAAUAUUUUUACUUGGAGUCUCAAGGCAGAUACUUUCUUAAAAACAGGGAGCAGGAUUUACAGAAUAACUUGCAGUUUUACCUACAAAAAGGACAAUUAAGUGAUAUUUUAAAAAGUUAAAUCUCAGGGGAUCACUCGCUUAUAAUCUGACAGUGAUGAAACAUUUUGAGGAUUCGUUGUUUUUGUUCCACUUUAUAACUCAGUGAAUUUGAUUAGUUUGAAGCAGUAAUUGUUAGACAAAAAUGCGAAACUGCUGUUGCUGUCAGGGUUUGUCUGCAAAACAUAAACACAGACAGCCCUGAAGAUAUUUGUUGAUGUUACCAAGAGUUUUGUUCGGUUCAUGCAGAGUUUCUUUGUUUUAAAACAGAACUGUAAUUUUAUGGACUAUUAUCUUCUUCAUAAACUAGAUGAACUAGCGAUAAAAGCCUGUGUGUGGGAGGUGUUACAAAUCUCUAAAAUUAGAUUUAGUACCUCCAAGGUUCUGGUUCUACCUGGUUUAUGGUAUACCUGGUCUUUGAACGCAGGAGAUAGCCCUAAGUAUAGGUAUAAAUGUAUCUCAGUGCAUUAUAAAGGGAGACAGAUCUAAUAAGUCAGGAGUCGGUCUGGGACACAUCUGUCCACAUUAGCCUGGCAGUGUGUGUGCUCAUGUGUCCUGGGCCACAUUAGAGACCGCCCACUCGUCUCGUAUCCACAGCAACUAUUACGUCAAGUAGCAGCCCACCCACUUUCUGUAUGUGACUGAUUUCAUAUUUGAAUACAUCUGAGAACGCUUAUGAUUAAUGACUAAAGGUGGAACAAUCCUGAGAGAGGGGAGACAUGAUCAGCAUUAAGAGCUUAAACUCAUGAUCACAGCUUCAAAAACAAAACAAAAAGUAACAAAUAAAAACUGCUUUGACUUUUAGAUUUGUACCAGGUACAACACAGGGAACCACACCAACCUGCCUCACAUAGACUGUACCAUCACAGGCCGACCCUGCUGCAUUGGAACCAAAGGGAGGUGAGGAGGAGAGCUGGUGAACCCAGAGAGUCCGUACAAUAAUGUUUUACUUGUUUACUUUUGAUUUAUGACUGCUGCUCUUUUCUUCAAGGUGUGAAAUCACAUCUCGGGAGUAUUGUGACUUCAUGAAGGGCUACUUUCAUGAGGAAGCAACUCUCUGCUCUCAAGUAAGCUGCACCUGCACCUUUUUUUCUCAUAUUUAUAGUCUCAAACAUUGUUUUCAGUGCUAUUAUGUGACCAAGGGGAGUUAGGUAAUGUGCUGUUUCUCUCUUCAGGUGCACUGUAUGGAUGAUGUCUGUGGACUGUUGCCUUUCCUCAAUCCUGAGAUCCCAGAUCAGUUUUACAGGCUCUGGCUCUCACUCUUCCUUCAUGCUGGGUGAGUCAGUAGAUGUGAAGAUCCUAAAAAACAUAGUUGGACUUGUUGAAAACUGUCUGGCUUGUCAAGGUGGCAAAAAAAGGAAGGUAUUUGUGUUUGGGGGUUUUUUGGAUUAUUGCAGGUAAUAUUCAAAGAGUUUCUUUGAAUGGUCUCUUUGAUCAGAUAAGCAUAUGAAUCAGUGAAAACACAAUUUUGAAAAGUCCGUUGACUGUCUGAGGCUGAUAUAAAACAUCAGUAUCUUUGUUCACAGCAGCGUGGAGCAGGAUGGUAACAGAUCAGAAUCAGACGGAGCUUCAUUGUUCAAAUAUGUCUGGCACAAACAAGGAUAUUGUCGGCAGCUCUGUGUGCUCAAAGUCAUAACGACGGUGUAGAAAAAGAUAAAGGUAUACAGUGGCAAACAAAAAAACACCUUACUGAUUACAAAGGGUCAGAGGAGGACAAUAGGAAUUUCUAUGGCUGUACAUAAAUAUGGACAGGCCUCUAUCAUCUCCACUGUCAAAAGGUGAAGCCAAAAUACUGCCUUUAUUGGCAACAACAUAUUUUAGCUGAUACAUGUGCAAAUGCAACCAAAGGUAGACUUUAGCAUUCUUGGCUUAACUUACCCCAACUAGUAAGUACAAGCUACAUUGGGGUGACCAUAAAGAGGACCAUUUGGCAUCCCCAAAAAGAGGACACGACUACGCAGGGGCAGAGUCACCCUAAGUGCCCUGAUACAUUUCUAAAGUUUGUCCACAGCUCCAUAGGGAUUGCUGGAGGAGGCGGGAUUUAUGACCUAUACUGCACCCCGUCACUAGAGGGUGCUGUUCCCACGGUGGUUUCACCCAAUGAGGAGGCAGACGGUGUCCAUUCUUUAUACAGUCAAUGGUCUAACCCUAAUCGUAUCCUAAUGAACAUAUUAGGUCUAGCUAUUUAAUUUCCUCCUUUGACCCAUCUCUUAUCUGUUAGUAUUGUGGUAGUGGGCUUUAUCGACCUACAUCAAAGCUGGUCACCAGGGGGAGCUCUGAAUGUUGUGGUUUCACUUUCAGAGAGCGUUUAUAAGAUCCAUCUUUUUAUACAGUCUGUAAUAAACACUAUUACCAAUAUUACUGUGAUAUAAAGAGACAGUCACGCAGCACAAAGAGCUGACCUCAAUGUGGAAAUGAGAGGUGCUUCAUCUUAGAGCGGUCUGCUUUCUGUCUCCAGGGUAAUUAAACAAAGUGCCCUCACUACAUGAACUCAUUAAGCUUCAAUGAGAUGGAGGGUGAUUUUGUUGAUGGGCUGUUGAAGGGUUUGCCUCGUGUACACAGAGGAAUUAUCUUCCGAGCACAUGAGGCUCUCCCGCCAGUGACUCAUACAUACAGUGGGGUCACAUUGCACACACGUGAGCGUUGUGUCCUUUUCUUUCCUUACAGGAUACUUCACUGCCUGGUGUCGGUGGCUUUUCAGAUGACUAUCCUGAGGGACCUGGAGAAGCUGGCUGGCUGGCUGCGUAUCUCAAUCAUUUACAUCAUCAGUGGCAUCACAGGCAACUUAGCAUCAGCCAUCUUCCUGCCCUACAGAGCAGAGGUGACCACAGAAUAUCACAAAUGAUGUGUCCAAACAUGCAUAUUUGAAAUGAUGAGAGAUGUUUAUCAUAGGUUCCCUCUCUCUGCUGUCCUUGUCUAAGGUGGGGCCAGCUGGCUCUCAGUUCGGGAUCCUGGCCUGCUUGUUUGUGGAGUUGUUCCAGAGCUGGCAGAUCCUGGCGCAGCCCUGGAGAGCCUUCACCAAGCUGCUGUGUGUGGUGCUCUUCCUCUUUGCCUUUGGGCUCCUGCCCUGGAUCGACAAUUUCGCCCACAUCUGUGGCUUCAUCUCCGGCUUCUUCUUGUCUUUCGCUUUCCUACCUUAUAUCAGUUUCGGCCGCAUGGACCUGUACCGCAAACGCUGCCAGAUCAUCGUCUUCCUGCUGGUGUUUGUCGGGCUCUUCUCAGGCCUUGUGGUGCUCUUCUACGUCUACCCAAUCAAGUGCGAGUGGUGCGAGUUGCUCACCUGUAUCCCUUUCACGGACAAAUUCUGCGAGAAGUACGACCUCAAUGCUCACCUGCACUGA